GCAGAAUUAUGGCAUGCUGCGACGCUGUGAUCGAUCUCUCUUUCAGAUCCGGGUCUCUCGGCAUCCACAUUCGCUCUUCGCGAUGGCGCUCCAAGAGAAAGAAGCUCGUGUGGGUCACGAGGAGCCGGAUGUGGUCCCUGUUGUGAUUUUCGCACUGAAAGCGUGCAGCAGCUUGAGAGAUUUAGAGGCCGGGACGAUUAUCCACGCUCAUGCCAUCGAAUCCAGGCAUGAUUCUUGCAGCAUUCGUGUGGCCAGCAGCCUGAUUAAUAUGUAUGCGAAGUGUGGAAGCAUGGCGCUCGCGAGGGCCGUGUUUGAUGCCAUGCCAACGAUUCGCGACGUUGUCUCGUGGACUACUAUGAUUGCCGGGUAUGCCGAGAAUGGGGAAAUUGAUUUGGCAUUCACUCUCUUUUCUACCAUGCAACAGGAAGGCUGUGCUCCAAACGAGCGGACUUUCACUGCUGUUCUCAAGGCGUGCGCGGGGCUGGCGUCGAGAGAAAGAUAUCGAGAACUCCAUGGAAAGAUUUGGAAGGUGAAAAGUCUGGAGAGGGGCAGGGCUCUUCACUUGCAAGCAGCGAGCACUGGAUUCGAGGGGGAUGCUUUCGUUUGUAGCAGCCUGGUGGAGAUGUAUGCGAAGUGUGGGAGCUUGGUCGAUGCGAAGGCAGUCUUUGACAGGAUGAGCUCGCCGGACGUCGUGGCCUGGACAGUUUUGAUGCUGGGAUAUGUCGAGAACGAAGAGGAAGAUCUGGCACUGGAACUUCUGGCGUCCAUGAAAGAGAACGCGCGGUGCGCUCCAAAUGCUCGAACGUUGUCAGUGGCUGUGAAGGCCUGCACGAGUCUGGCUUUGAAAGAAGAGGGAAAGAUCGUCGCUGGCACAAAACUCGUCAAACUAGCUUCUCUGGAGAAAGGAAUGUCGGUUCACUGUGAAGCCGUCAAGACUGGCUGGAUCUCGGAGAGUUUUCUGGCAACCAGCCUUGUGGACAUGUAUGGGAAGUGUGGUAGCCUGCUGGAUGCACGCAUGAUAUUUGACAAGAUGGACUCCAGCAAUGUGGUAUCGUGGAACUCACUCAUCCUCGGCUAUGUGGAAAACGAUGAGGAAGAUUUGGCUCUUGCUGUUUUCAAGUCUAUGGAUGGUUUCUGCGAGCUCGAUUCUCGAACGUUUGUUGCUGCAACGAAGGCUUGUAGCAACUUGGCAGCCAAAGAACAGGCGAGGAAACUUGAUGGAAAGCUGGUGAAGGUGAGGUCUUUGGAGAAGGGCCGUGAAGUUCAUGGCUUAGCGGGGCGCUGUGACAGGGAUGCAUUCCUGGGAUCUGCUUUGGUCGAGAUGUAUUCUCAGUGUGGAAGCUUGGUUGAUGCAUGGAGAGCCUACGAGGAGAUGAGUUAUCCUGAUGUUGUGGCGUGGACUACUUUGAUCCUGGCUUAUGCUGAGAAUGGAGAAGAAAGCCGGGCUCUGGAAGUUUUCGAGUUCAUGAAGCCGAAAGGUUGCGAGCCAGACUCGGGGGUUUUCAUUGCUGCAAUCAGAGCUUGUGGGAGACUAGCCGAGAAUUGUCUACCAGGCAGCAAGCUGAAGGCUCUUGAGAAAACGAUGAUGGUUCACUCGCAAGCUUUGAGGUACUCCUUGGACUCGAGCAUCUUCUUCGACAACACGCUCGUGGACACUUAUGCAAAGUGUGGGAGCUCGGAAGAUUCACGCAGGGCAUUCGACAGGAUGUCUUCUCACAGCGUGGUUUCGUGGACUGUUUUGAUGGCCGGCUGCGUGGAGAACGGGAACGAAGAACUGGCCCUGGAACUUUUCUCAGUCAUGGGAGUUGAGCCCGACGCGCAGUCUUAUGUUGCUGCAUUGAACGCAUGCAUUGCUCUUGCAGUAGGAGAGCCAGGGAAGCAUGUCGACGAUGGAAAGGCUGUGAAGCUACGAGCUCUAGACAGAGGCAUGGCUAUCCAUUCUCAAGCAGCAGCCGGGUGCUGGGAGGUAGACUUUUUUGUUAGCAGCACCCUGGUGGAGUUAUAUGCGCGGUGUGGAAAUAUGCUCGAUGCCAGAAUGGUCUUCGACAGGAUGCCGUGCCAUGAUCUCGUCUCCUGGAACACGUUAAUUCUCGGUUAUGCCGAGAAUUGUAAGGAAGAAUUUGCUCUCAAGUUAUACCUUGAGCUCCAGGAAAACGAGAAGCUCUACUCAGCUGAUGCGCAAACUUUCGCCGCUGCUCUUAAGGCCUGUAGCAAUCAGGUGGAUUUGGAAACAGGGAGAAGGCUCCACAGAGAAAUUUGCAGAGCUGGGGAUGAAAACGAUGAAGUUGUAGCUGCUUGCUUGGUGGAUUUGUAUGGCAAGUGUGGAAGCACGAUUAAUUCUCGGCUGGUCUUUGACUCUACCCCCGGAGAAGACAUGGUAAGCUGGAACGCUCUGUUAGCAUCUUACGCUCGUCAAGGGGAUUCUGACGAGGUUCUCGGUCUCUUUCACAGGAUGCAAGACGAAGCUCUUGGAGUUGAUGGUAUUACUUUUGUCUCAGUUUUGACGGCAUGCAGUCAUGCUGGCCUUGUCGAGCGAGGCACUCGCUACUUUGAGGAAAUGAUGUCCAAGUAUGGUGUAAAACCCGACAUUGAUCACUACCACUGCGUGGUUGAUCUUCUCGGCCGAGCCAACCGGCUGGAUGAGGCUGUUGCCAUGGUGAGAAGGAUGCCUUUUGAGCCGAGUUCACUGACUUGGAGGACUGUGCUAGGUGCUUGUGGCAAGUGGAAAAACUCGAGCAUCGGGCAGCUAGCGUUCGAGUCACUGCUGGAGCUUGGUGAUGAUCGAGAUGUUUCAGCAGCCUAUUUAUUGAUGGUGAAAGCCCGAUGAAGAUAUAGUUUCUACAACCUUGACUUUAGGACUUUGUCACGCUGUUCUGGCAAGGUCCAUCUAAAAUACACUAGACAAGGAAGUGACAUUUCAAGGCUUAAAAAGGCUCUCAUUUGCUCUCA